AUUCCCAAAUCCAAAAUACUCUCCCCCUCUUUCUCCUCCAACCCCGACCCUCCCCCUACCGUCGCCUCCGUUUAGGGUUUCAUCUCGAAGCCGUGGAAAGCCCAACUUACGGUCCGCAAGAAGCUCUCCGCCGGUUCUUGCUAGGAUUGCUUUCGGGGAUCUAGCGUUCUUGGGAUGGGGUGAAGGAGGUAGGGCGACCGAUAGAUCUCUGGUCUGCGACCCUCCAAGAUGGACGAUAGAGAAGAGCUUCCGGGGACCAGCGAGGCCGGGGGAGCCAGAUUCCACGUCCUCCAGCCCAAUCGCGACCUGCAGUCCAAUUGGGAAGUCGAUCUUGCCAAGAAUCUUGAAGAGUACCUACUGAAGAUUUGCUCCGGCGAGAUAUCGUCCGACCAAGACCAUGCGCUCCAUUCUGUGAACUUUGCAGAAGCUGCGCUGCUGGUCCAAGGUUCAGUUCAGGUGUAUAGCCGCAAAGUAGAGUAUUUGUAUUCUCUGGUUUUGCAUGCGCUGGAAUUUCUUUCACUGAAGAGGCAAUCUCAACAAGAAAAUGCUUCCAUUCUUCCUGAUGGAAGUGAAUCUGGUGCAGUUAUCGAUGAAGGGAAUGAGAUAUUUUUGGGGUUAGAUGAUGUGCCUGUUGAAGCAAAGAAUUGUUUGGAUGGUGGGCUUGAGAAAGCUGACACUUCAAAGCAUUUUCUGAAGCCUCCUGCCAAUUUGCUUGUACUAGAAGGAGAUUGCUUAGAUGCCAGUGGUGAUGCUAGUGAAUUAGAAUCAUAUCUGUUAUCCACCUGUGAUUUUUUCAGCGAUUUUCUUCUGUUGGACCCCUGUGAUGCGGGAGCUGUUUAUGAUUUUUUAAAGACCAAUGCUGCUGGUAAAGAAAACAUUGCACCUCACAGAGGCAGCUCGAUCAUGUCUAAAACUCGCCGCAAUAUUUUAACUUCUCCAACAGGAGGAUUUGGGGCAACUGCUCAUAGAUCAAGUAUUGGGAAGAACCAAGGCGUCAAUAUAAAUCAAAAUAUGGAGAAUAACUGUGCAUUUGAAAUUAACAAUGAUAAUCAUUGGUCUGGACCUCAUGUUGAGACUGAUCAUCCUGAUGAUGAUAUGUCCCAUGUAGAGAAACCAAAUUUAGGAUUUUCAGAUGUCAUGGAUGAUUCUGAUGAUGAUAAUGAUGAUCCAUGGAAGCCUCUAAAUCCUCAUGAACCUGGGAACUUGAAAGUAAAACCAUUCAAGAAAAUUAAGGGUUUUGGAAGGCAGGUGAUUCAUCAUGCCAGGAAAAACAUUUCAACUUCUCAGUUUCCUAUUGCAAAAUUGGAUGGUAUUAUCAGCCAAGAGUUUGCAGCAUCAUUUGAAGUAAAACUCCGUUUGCAAGAAAGGCUACAUGCAUCUCAGUCCCCGCCUCUCUUUGAAAAGCUAAGAAGAUCACUUACUUUUGGAGAACAAGAAACUUAUGAUAACUUUGCUGGUUUUGAGGAUGAAAAUGAUGAUGAUGGAGGGCAAAAUCACCCUCUCGAUUUUGAUCAACCAGACCUUGAUCUGCCAAACACUAUGUGUGAUAUGGACACAGGCGUCCCAUUUUGCCAUCGAAAGAGUGAUGAUGCUGCGACUUGCGAUCAUGUUGAAGGUCUUACACAGGAUGAUCUAGAUUCUCAUGCAACCCUUGAAGAUUUGUGCCGCUCACAUCUGGAUGCCCUUCUUGCUAGCAUAGCUGAAACAGAGAAGCAGACAGAGCUGGCCACACGGGUUUCAACAUGGAAACAACAGAUUGAACACACCCUGGAAGAGCAAGAUGCACACCCUCCUUUUGACAUUCAGUUAUAUGGUGAGAGAAUCAUGGACAAACUUUUCUUGGAAGUGGACAGCGGAGGAACCAUGCCUUUUACAGAUAUUGUGAUGGGCCAACCAAAGCAUGAUGUCGCAAGGACCUUUUCUGCACUUCUGCAGCUGGUGAACGAUGGGAAUGUUGAUCUGGAAAGAGCUCCAGCAAGCAAUGAGUUUAUGUGCCACACAGCUGCAAAUCCCUUCUAUGUUAGGCUUCUUUGUGAUGACAGAAGAAGAAAAGGAAUGGAGAACCGUUCGGCAAGGAAGAGAGUUAAGUCCCCUGUGAGGAAAGAGUGCACAAAAUCAAAUUCCUCCACCUCAGGAACCACCUCACCCUUAAAAUCAUUGCAUCAGAAUGGCAGGUUCUCUCUUAAGCUUGGGAAGGGCAGUGUUAUCAGGUGCACUCCUGAGGGGAAGAGGAGGAGGAGGUCUUCUCGGUUUAUAGAUCAGUUUGAUUUGCAAUCUGCUGGUUGACCUAAAACAACUAGUUUUUAAUUUGAGAAUGAUGUAAAAUGGCUGCUGAAUGGUCUGGAGGUCAUAUAGCAGUACCAUACUUGUAUUACUCGCUGUACCAGUUCCCUCUAACAAGUAGGCAGGUGAGCACUUAAUUUAUGGCUUAGGUCUUAGCGGGUAUGUGUAUGUUACAAGUUUAUUUAAUUCCUAUAUGUAUGAUCAUUAAUCAAUUUAUUGCUCGGCUGUCCUUCCUUGUUAGUAUGCAAUAGUAGACAUG